AUGGCUGUUGGAAAAAUGGAACGUAAAUUAUUGACAUUUUUCUUUACUCAGGAACAAGCGCUUGUCGAAGGGAAGGAUGAAUACUCUGUCAAGGCCCCUUCGACCUUCCAGAUCCGAGACCGUGCUACACGCGGCACCCUAUUUCAUCCUACGGAGAAACUUGCUGACAAUUACCAAUUAAGCGUUGGAAAGACACUUGUCAAUCGGACUACUGGUCUGAAGAACGCCAAUGAUGCACUGAAGGGGCGAAUCUUCGAGGUCUCGCUUGCUGAUCUGCAGAAUGACGAGGACCACGCCUUCCGCAAGAUUAAGCUCCGCGUGGAUGAGGUCCAAGGCAAGAACUGUCUCACCAACUUUCACGGGUUGGACUUCACAACAGACAAGUUGCGAUCUCUGGUUCGCAAAUGGCAGACUCUGAUUGAGGCAAAUGUGACUGUGAAAACUACUGAUGACUAUCUCCUUCGCCUCUUCGCCAUUGCCUUCACAAAGAGACGCCCGAAUCAGAUCAAGAAGACGACCUACGCUAGAUCAUCCCAGAUUCGUGCCAUUCGGAAGAAAAUGACUGAGAUCAUCCAGCGUGAAGCGUCCAGCUGCAGCCUUUCUCAACUUACGACCAAACUCAUUCCAGAAGUCAUUGGUCGUGAAAUUGAAAAGUCAACUCAGGGCAUUUACCCCCUCCAAAAUGUCCACAUUCGCAAGGUCAAGCUUCUCAAGGCGCCUAAAUUCGACCUCGGUGCGUUGUUGAACUUGCAUGGGGAAUCAUCGACAGACGACAAGGGCCAUAAGGUCGAGCGGGAGUUUAAAGAGCGGGUCCUGGAGAGUGUCUAA